AACUUAAAAUUGAUUGUUUCUGUGAAACUGGAAACUGACAGAUCUAUCAGUAUUUGCAGUGACACUGGAUAAAUGAAUCACCAGAGGAGGUUAAAUGGUGUGACCUCAUAUUUCAAUUUCUUUUGAAGUCAUGGAGUAUGAGUCACUGCAAUUUAAUGAUACAAACCAUCACAGUUCAUGUCAUUUCAGAAGCCUUGGAUUGUGAAGAAUACCUAAACUCAGAAAAGUAGUCAGAAAAAAGUAUCAGAACUAAUAUCCUGCUCAACACAGAGAAGCCCUUGUUGGUGGAGAUGCUGUGAACACCGCCAAUCUUAUGGAUUCUAAUAUCACGGAGAGGUACCUGCUGGUCACCCGUCCUGUGUGCCUAGGGAGCCGACACGCAGUCAGAAGCUCUGCCCUGGUCUCCCUGCUGCUGUGGGCCGGCCCCUUGGCAGUCCUGUCCCUGGCCAUUUACGGCUACUUCCUGUGGCUUUCCGUCUGCCUCCUCCUUCCGUUCCCCUACUUCCUGUUCCUGUGCUUGGAUGCAGUCAGAAGCCCUCUCCUGCUCCACCACACUGCCCCAGCCAGGAAAAGAGGAGAAUCCCUGGGAACACUGACCUUCAUCCUGGGGAACUACACUGUGAUUUUCCUUCCCUUCAUAUUGAACAUGCUGUGAAGUCCCUCUCAGUGAGUGUGGAGGGGUUUCCCCUGGAGACAGUGGCCAGCAUGCUUCUGCUCCUUAGCCCCCUGCUCGACCCUCUGCUCUUCUUCUGCGUACACAAGAGCAGAAGGGACAUCCUGCAAGCCUUCCCCUGCUGCAAGGGCCUGGUCCAUCACCAG